GAAGUAGCGCGCGGAACGUAAUAUGGACGGACCGGAAGUAGUUUAGGGAAGGCACGAUUUUUCCAGCCUGUCCCGUUUGGUUGUGUGUUACAAUGGCGGGCCUCGGAGUGCGGGACCCUGCGGUGGACAGAUCGCUGCGCUCGGUGUUCGUGGGCAACAUACCAUAUGAGGCCACAGAGGAACAACUAAAGGAUAUUUUCUCAGAAGUGGGACCCGUGGUCAGUUUUAGGCUGGUGUAUGACAGAGAAACUGGGAAACCCAAAGGUUAUGGCUUCUGUGAAUAUCAGGACCAGGAGACUGCUCUUAGUGCCAUGCGCAAUCUGAAUGGCCGGGAAUUUAGUGGAAGAGCUCUACGUGUGGACAAUGCUGCCAGUGAGAAAAACAAAGAAGAACUCAAAAGUCUUGGAACUGGCGCACCCGUUAUAGAGUCCCCUUAUGGUGAUCCGGUGUCUCCAGAGGAUGCUCCUGAAUCUAUCAGCAGAGCUGUAGCCAGUCUACCUCCAGAACAGAUGUUUGAACUUAUGAAACAGAUGAAGCUUUGUGUACAGAACAGUCCGCAGGAGGCUCGUAAUAUGUUAUUGCAGAAUCCACAGUUGGCCUAUGCCCUGCUCCAAGCUCAAGUCGUCAUGAGGAUUGUGGAUCCUGAAAUUGCUGUGAAAAUUUUACACCGACCGACCAUUGUCCCUUCUCUGAUGCCCGGUGGCCAGCAGCCAGUUCAAGGUCCUAAUGUGCCCCUGAACCAGCAGAAUCCUCCUGGGGGCCAGAUGCAGCCUGUGGGUUCGAUUCAUGUAAAUGGAGCACCACCAAUGAUGCAGAAUCUCCCAAUGCAGGGCGGUGUUCCUGCACCCAUGGUGAACCCUGGGCAAGGGCCUGUACUACAAGGAGGGAGUCUACAACACUCUCCUGUGCCCCCUCCAGUGCCUGCUCCUAUAGAGAGAGUACCAGUUCCGAUUCCUGAUCCAAGAGCACCAGUGCAGCGUGGGCCCCCAGCACCUAACAUUCCACCCAGAGGGCUUCUGGGAGAUGGCCCCAAUGACCCACGUGGGGGGACCUUACUCACAGUGACCAGUGAUGAGCAGCCACCUGGCCGUGGAUACUUGGCACCUCCUAUGCAGGCUGGACCACCUCUCCACCAUGAACGUGGACAAGCUCCCCUUGACAUUAGAGGGCCAAUGGGUGAACCCUCACGUAUCAUUCUAGGAGAUAACAGAGGUGGACCUAUAAUAGACCCAAGAGGACCUCCACUGGAUUCAAGAGGUGCUAGAGAUCCCAGAGCAAUGGAACCCCGACCCAUGGAAACUAGAGUACCUGUGCCUGGUCCAGCUUCCCGACCUCAGAUGCCUGUAAUGCAAGGACCUGGGCCUGUAGGACCACAACCACCCAGACAGGCUGGAACUGGACAAGGGGGAUUUAGUCCUGGACAGAACCAGGUAACACCCCAGGACCAUGAGAAGGCUGCCCUCAUAAUGCAAGUGUUGCAGUUAACGCCAGAUCAGAUCGCCAUGCUACCACCAGAACAAAGACAGAGCAUCCUUAUUUUAAAAGAACAGAUUCAGAAAUCUACUGGGCCUCCUUAGUGGUUUGUGCCCGACAGGAGCGGGGUAUUUCUGCACUGCAAGUCAAGCCACCAUCUUAUGUUGUCUACACCUUACAAAAUGCUUGCUGUGCCAAAUAACCAAGCUUCACUUACGUGUUAUGUGUGUCAUUUGGCUGUAGUUUAAAAACAAA